AUGAUUAUUGAAAAAUAGUUAAUCAAUCUUCCUGCUGAAAAAGUCUUAUGGAUGAUAUAUGUAAAGAAGUUUGAUCCCAUCAAACUUAAAUAUAAAGUUAAGGUACGCUUUGAUUAGAAGUUCAUUUUUUUUGAAGCCUCCAAUAAUUUACUUCUAAAAUAGGCUGUUUCUGAAGCUGAAAAGAUAGGAACUUCAGAUUAUGAAUUACAUUUUCUUAUGAAGGAUACUAAACUUAUUUAUAAUUAUCAUCUUUACAUAAAAAUGAUUAAAAGUUAAGAAUACAAAGAAUUGACAAAUCAAUUUGAUGGUCUUUGUAUUAUGGUUAAAGAUAAGUUUAUAAAGCUUCAAAAGGAAUUAGCAGAUAAUGCAGGAUAUAGAGGUGAUAUUUCAAUAUAAUUACCUAACAGCUAUGUUUUAGCAUGGAUGCCUCGUAACAAAGCAGAUUAUAUUAUGUAAGAACUCAAUAAGCUUCUUAAUUUUUCAAAUCUUCGUAUUACAGAUUUAUAGGCAAUUUGGUUCUCAUGUUAUAAAGAUUCAUUUUAAAAAACUCAUAAUUGUUCAAUAGAAUAUUUGGAGUAGAAUUAAUUAAUAGAACUAAGGUUAAGUUCUUAAAAUUGUAUUAACCUUACUGAAUUUGUUUAGAGUGCACUUUCAAAGAAUUCUAUUAUUCAUUUUCCAUUUGAAUUGGAUGAAAUUUCAUUUAAUGCAGAUGAGGUCGAAACUCUAGUCAAAGAGUAAUUUAAUUGCAAAUUUGAAUUAUGGAGUCAAAUAAAGGUUAUUGAUUUAGCAUCCUAAAUAGAUAAGAAAUAUGGAACCAAUAUUCAAAAUAGAAUAAAGAAAAUAAAUAAAUUAUGUAAAUUAAAAGUGAAUUAAAUUAGUUCGUAAAUCAUUUUAUAUAUUUGGGAGACCUGAGAAUGAAAAUAAAGUAACUUAAAUCUUAAGAUCUAUUCUAGAAUAGAGAAUCAAAAUAUGUUAAGAUUCUAUUGUAAAAGACUAUUUAAUUAGUAGUGAAGAAAACGGAUUCAAAUUAAUCUUUUUUAAUAGAAAAGGUACAUUGUAAUUAGUUAACAAUAUUUUUGAUCCAAAUGAUUUUGAUUAGUUUUUAGCUUAAAAUUACAAUUUACCACAUGAGGUUAAAGUUCAUAAGGUGGAUAAAAAUUUAAGCUUUUAUAUUAAGGUACCAAAUAAUUAAAAGGAAAUCAAGAAUAUUAUCAUUGAAAUGUUAGAUAGUUAUGUAAAUCAUUCUUUCUAUUAUAUUAUUGACAAUGUCAAUAUUAAUUUCAAAGUUGGUUAAAAAUUCAAUUGUAAGAUUGAAACUUUCAAAUCAAAUACAAAUGUCAGGGGUUUAUUAGAUAUCUAUGGAUUCGAACUUUAAUAAAUAGAUUAAAAUAAUAAUGGUGAUGCUUUAGUUAUCAAAGUUUCUAAUAUUUUGCAUUCUAAAUAAGUUGAUCUAAUUAAUUACUUUAAUUAAUAAUUAUAGAACUGUAUUGAAUAAUAUAAAUCUGAUAUCUAUUUAUAAAUGGUAAAUGAUAAUAAUAAUUAAAUGAAAUUAAAAAAAAUUGAUAAUGCUUAAUUUGAUUACACAAAUACUUGUGAACCUUAAUUAGAGAGAUGUAAAAUUAUUUAAUUGACAUCAUCCUAAUUACAAUUAAUUAAAUAGUUCAAUAUCUUAUAUAAUAUCAUCAAAUAAUCUGAUUAAUACUUAGAGGAUUCUUUCUUUGUUGCUGUUUAAUAUAAAGGCAAUUAACUAUAAGAUGCUAUUGAAAACAUUAAAUAAUAAGAAGCUUUAUUUUUAGCAAAAUGGGCUUAAGAAAAGGAAAUUAUGGAAGUUGAAAAAAAUAAAAAAUAUGAACUAUAUUCAGUUUUUAUAUAAGAUUUGUUUCUAGACUAUUAUUCAAAUGCUAGGUUGCAAUUACUAAAUAGUUAUUUAGAUUAAGAGAUUACUAUGGAAAAAUAGUAGGUUUAAUUUUAUAUAGAAGUUACAAAACUAAAUUUACCCAUUUCAAAUUUAGGCCCUAUUAUUACUGUUAUUCAAUCUAUCGAAAAUUUAGGAAGAGUUUUCACACAAAUGAAAGAGUUACCACCAGGUCGAUAUCUAAUUGGCUAUGCACUAACAAAUGCCAAAGAGUUUCAAUUAAGUUCAGUCAAAUAUAUUAUAAGGUAAUAUUUUAUUGUUAUUUUAUCAGAAAUGUUGUUCAAAUUCUUUAAGAAGAUAUCUGA